AUGUCAACUCCCAAGUCGAACAAGCCGGAAGGCCUCCUGGGGCUGAGUACAGCCGAGGCCAGAAUGAUCCUUCUGGGCGUGCUGAGCAGCGAUGAGUCUGGCAAAGUCGACUUUGACAAGAUGGCCGUUCUGGGAGGCUACAAGAAUGCCCCAUCCGCUAGUACACUUUACCGCGGCGCCAAGCGCAAGCUCCUCGGCGGCCAGAAUGGUACAACCUCUACUCCUUCCAAAGGCCCCGCUGCCACUCCUAAGAAGACUCCCGCGAAGGGCAAGAAGGGCAAGGCAGCUGGUGAGGAAGAAGAUGGCGAUGGCGCUGUCGAUAGUCCCCUUCCGCCCAAGGCCAAGCGUCAGAAGACGACCGACACUCCCAAAACCCCACACGUCAGCAAGAAAGUCGUGAAAAUCGAGGGCAACAGCACCCUCGAACCAUCUAUUCCGGUCCCGAAGAAAGCUGCCGUGAAGAACGAAGCGAAUAGUAAAGUGAAAGAGGAAAUGAAGGAAGACUCUUCGGAUACUGACGCCUACUACGAUGCUCUCGUCAAGAAGGAAGACGACCGUUCCGACACCGAGGAGCUCAUGGACUCUAGCCAGCUCACUGAGACCAAGGCUGAUUCCAAGAAGUGA